AUGGAGCGAGCGCGGGGCGGGGCACAGGCUUCGGCCAAGGGGAGGCCAACAAGCCGCCGCCAGGUGAGCCGGUUUGUGGUGGCGGCGGUGGUGGCGGCGGUGGUUGUGAACGUCCUUGUCGCUACGUCGACCGAGGCAGUUGACCCGCCAAAACUCACGCCGCUACUCGCAAGCCUCGUCCCGGGCACCGCUGCUUGCAUGUCGCGGACAACGGACGAGGUGCGUCUUGUGUCGUCUGUGCUAGACGUCGGCACCGCUUCGUGUGUUGUCGUGCUCGGCCUCGAGUCCCCGCUCACCCGACGCCGAGGAUCCACCGACUGGCUGGUAACGCCUGGCUCGGCUGCUCUAGCCAUAGGCCGCAUCAUCGCCACUGUCGCUCUUGAGCUCGAAAUUAGCUUGGUCGUCCUCGCUUCAGGCUUCAACGCCUCAUCUCACGAGGUGCCUUGGUCAUCCCCAUGGUCGCUAGGUAAGACACCCGGUGAAGUUGGCAUGCAAGAUACGUUUGUGCUGCCGAUCGGGUCAUCGACCAACGCAACGCUUGCCGGCGGCCAAGUCGACGACCUUGUCCAGCAAUGGCUCGACGCCGAACGAGCUAGCCUAGACCCUCACGCCCCGAUCACCGCUGUGGGUCUAGUCAUUCGAGCAUCAGUGGACGGAGGCAAUGGUAAUUGCCUCAUGGGCUCAUGCAUCGUCGAGUUGACACCGGGCGCAGGUGUUCUGACAGCUGAACUGGUCGAGCUGUGCGAGGCUCCGCCUGCUAUCUCGCGGGGCCAGUGGACGCUCUCGCCGAUGGCCGUGCCGCUAAGCGGAGUUGCCGGCGCUCAAGCAUGGUAUCAUGGGGCACUCCCUCUUCCUGAUGGCGAUGUCGACGUCUACAUCGACGGCACGGACGGUUCUGCGCCACCGCUCCUUGCGCUGGCUAGAGCUGGCCUGAUGACAAUGAGCGACAAGAACGGCGGUGGAUGGGGCGUCGAGUUCCCGCUCCCACCACAGUUUGACGCUGGGCUGGCCAAGAUUAUUAUCAUCACCCACAACUCGUCGAGCGGGCUCGGCAUGAGGGGCUCAGUUGUUGAUGUCGCGGUCGAGUACACCGAACACGACUGCGUGAUGCCUGGCCGAGUCUACGUCAAUGGUGCAUGCGUUCUCUGUCCACAAGGUGGGCUGUGCCCUGGCGGAGCUCGGAUCUGGCCCGAGCCUGGCUUCUGGGCCCGCUCUGAGAUGCAUUUUCCGACGCUGUGCCACGACACCACCGUUUGCAAUGGUGCCGCCCAGCUUGCAGCGAGCGGACUUGUGUGGAUGGAUGGAGAUGGCCGCCGAAUGACGACGCUGUGUGGUGUGGAGGCUACCGGUGCGUACUGCUCCAGCUGUGCCCCGGGCUACGCCUUGGUCCACACCGCAUGCCAGCGGUCGGGGCCGAUAUGGCUGGUAGUUCUCGAUGUUGUCGCCGCCUCGGCAUGUUUACUGGCCAUGGGCGGAGCGGCAGGCGCUUACCUGGCUUGCAUUGAGCCAAAAACGUGCUCGAUGCGAAUGGCGCUUGUUCUCGCCGUCCAGCAGCUUGUCUACACCAUCCACGUGGGUACGGCACACCUCGGCGCAGGCUCUGUGCCGGUAGGGGUGGUAACGCUGCUUCGAGUGAGCCGGAUUGUUCUCUUUGACAUCGACGCUUUUGCUCCUGAAUCGAGCGUGGGGCGUACAUCGUGGCUGGCGCGGUCACUCGUUCCGCUCGGCUGUGGCCUGAUGUUUGUGGUUGCAGCAGUAUGCGUAUUUUGCGUCCGGCAGCGAUGGACUAGUCGGCAGCUGGUGCCGCUACCUCCUGUGCAGCCUGAGGAUGUGUUCUCGGAUAUGUCGCUGUCGUGGACCACGUCCGCGUCCGAGCUGGGCCCGUCGACAGAAGUCUCGAGCCAAGACACGCUCUAUCGAAUGGUCACCUGCCUCAGAUCGUCGCGCAAACUAAUGCUUGCGCUCAAUCUUGCAGGUGUUCUGCUUUUUCCCAUCACUGCGCUCAUGUUCCGAGCCUUGCACUGCGUCGACGAUCACAGCGGCGUCUCGCGACUGCUGCUGGAACAGUCACAAGUAUGUUAUCGAGGCGCGCACCUGUGGGUGGCGCUGAUGGCAUGGGUCGUGCUCGCGGUGUAUGUUGGCGGCUUUGUUUUGGGUGUCACUAUCAUCGCAUGUGUGGUGCGGAAGCGCACCGCCAAGACCAUAACGUGGCGGUAUGUGCUCCGAAUGAUUCUUGUUGCGGUCUGCGCGGUUGUCGGAGAGUUUGUCCACUCCCAUCCGCUCCGGCUGCUAUCGCUAACGGUGGUGGGAUGUACCCAUGCUGUGGCCGAUGCCCAGUUUACCAUUCCAGCCACGGUAGUGGCCGUAGUUAUGGCCUUGGUGAGCAUGGCGUACAUCAUUCCAGAAGGCUCGCCGUAUGUUUUUCUCGCAUCGCUUGCAGUCGUGGUCACGCUUUGCAUUGUCGCGCGCUUUGCGGUCCCGUCGCUGCUCCAGCUCCGGUCGCCCUCCCGAAUCGAGCCCGCAGAGUUGCCCACCAUUGCGGUCGAAAAGUCACGCCACGCUUGA